GUUGGGGGAUAGCCUCGGUGUCAGCCAUCUUUCAAUUGUGUUCGCAGCCGCCGCCGCGCCGCCGUCGCUCUCUAACGCCAGCGCCGCCUCUAGCUCGCCGAGCUCCAGCCGAAGGAGAAGGGGGGUAAGUAAGGAGGUCUCUAUACCAUGGCUCGUACAAAGCAGACUGCCCGCAAAUCUACCGGUGGUAAAGCACCCAGGAAGCAACUGGCUACAAAAGCCGCUCGCAAGAGUGCGCCCUCUACUGGAGGGGUGAAGAAACCUCAUCGUUACAGGCCUGGUACCGUGGCACUCCGUGAAAUUAGACGUUAUCAGAAGUCCACUGAACUUCUGAUUCGCAAACUUCCCUUCCAGCGUCUGGUGCGAGAAAUUGCUCAGGACUUCAAAACAGAUCUGCGCUUUCAGAGUGCAGCUAUUGGUGCUUUGCAGGAGGCAAGUGAGGCCUAUCUGGUUGGCCUUUUUGAAGAUACCAACCUGUGUGCUAUCCAUGCCAAACGUGUAACAAUUAUGCCAAAAGAUAUCCAGCUAGCACGCCGCAUACGUGGAGAACGUGCUUAAGAAUCCACUAUGAUGGGAAACAUUUCAUUCUUUAAAAAAAAAAAAAAAAUUUCUCUUCUUCCUGUUAUUGGUAGUUCUGAAUGUUAGUUAUUUUUUUUUCCAUGGGGUCAAAAGGUACCUAAGUAUAUGAUUGCAAGUGGAAAAAUAGGGGACAGAAAUCAGGUAUUGGCAGUUUUUCCAUUUUCAUUUGUGUGUGAAUUUUUAAUAUAAAUGCGGGGACAAAGCAUUAAUGCAAGUCAAAAGUUUCAGUGAACAAAACAAGUUUCAGCAGUUCAACUUUAUAACAAUUAUAAAUAAACCUGUUAAAUUUUUCUGGACAAUGCCAGCAUUUGGAUUUUUUUAAAACAAGUAAAUUUCUUAUUGAUGGCAACUAAAUGGUGUUUGUAGCAUUUUUAUCAUACAGUAGAUUCCAUCCAUUCGCUAUACUUUUCUAACUGAGUUGUCCUACAUGCAAGUACAUGUUUUUAAUGUUGUCUGUCUUCUGUGCUGUUCCUGUAAGUUUGCUAUUAAAAUACAUUAAACUUA